CUUCGGCCCAGUUGAGAGAUAGCCACCCACUCAGAGCACUACGGAAAACUCAGGUGAUAGUGGAAGAGACAGCCGUUGGUCACAGUUCUAUAAAUAUUUAUUGCAAGGGUCAACACCACUCGACCUCGUAUACACAGUAUGCCGGAAGAGAGCAUACAUUGCCAUUAGCGAACGUCUAGCGAGCAGGAGGUUUUCUGGCGUUUAAUCUCGCAGAGAACGAAUCCAGAAUGACAGACAAUACGGUAAUGUCUAACCUCAACGGGGCUACUCCUCACAGCAACUACAGUACCAUCACAGCCACCGACGACAGUAGCGAAGGGUCUCCAAAUGAAAGCGGUUUCAUGGUUAACAAACGGGCUAUGUACGAGCCCGGUGCUGUGAUGGUAUGUUCACAGAAGCGGGCAUGUUGUGUCGUGACACUAAGCUUUGUUGCCAUUAUUGCUGUUGCUCUCAUUGUUGCCUUCACCAAACCAGGAUGUCCCGAAGCAACUUACACAGGGGAACCAAUACCAGGCCUAAGUAGCCGCCCAACAAAUUCCCCACCUCCAACAGUGCCAACUGCAACCAAUGGGGAGGAAUUUCCAUGGACAGAUGUGAGGUUGCCAUUUCAUGUCCGUCCAUUGUUUUAUGACAUUAUUAUUCAUCCUAAUAUUACAACAAGACAUGUUAGAGGUAAUCUCACUAUCAAGCUGACAGCUAUUGAAGAAACGAGAGCAAUCAUCAUCCAUGGGCGUGACUUGAAAGUUGCCAAUUAUACUUUACAUAAUAAAUAUGAGAGUCAGAUUGCAAUUGAAAAGUUCCUUGAAUAUCCACCACACCAACAGCUUUAUUUGGGUUUGUCAGAAAUCCUGCGACGAGGUAGUAAUUAUACCCUCAGGCUAGGCUUUGAGGGCCAUCUGAAAGAAGGCCUUGAAGGAUUCUACUUGUCUUCCUACAUCACAGCUGAAGGUGAAAAGAGAUAUAUUGCCACCACACAUUUUGAACCAACAUCAGCAAGAGCAGCAUUUCCAUGUUUUGAUGAACCCCACUUGAAGGCAAAAUUUCGCUUGCGCAUUUAUCGAGAACCAAGCCAGUUUACACUUUUUAAUAUGCCAUUGAAAUCUUCAGCUCAAGUAGAUAAAUCAGGGUUGAUGAUUGAUGAAUUUCAAGAAAGUAAGGAAAUGAGCACUUACUUAGUGGCCUUCAUUGUUUGUGAUUAUGAACAUGUUACUAAUAUCACUGAACAUAAUGUGGCUGUGUCUGUAUAUGCACCUCCUACAAUGAUCAGCCAAGCAAAUUAUGCACUGCGUAUGGCGUCUCAUAUCCUGGACUUUUACGAUUCAUUCUUUGGUGUACCAUACCCUCUUCCAAAACAAGAUCUGAUUGCAAUACCUGAUUUUGGAGCUGGAGCCAUGGAAAACUGGGGCUUGAUCACUUACCGGGAAACUGCUCUCAUGUACGAUCCAGUUCAUACCUCAUCAGAAGCACAGCAGAGAGUAACAGUUGUUAUAGCUCAUGAACUAGCACAUCAGUGGUUUGGGAAUCUUGUUACAAUGUCAUGGUGGAGUGAUCUAUGGCUAAAUGAAGGUUUUGCAAGUUUUAUGGAGAAUCUUGGGACAGAUAAUGCUGAACCAGGAUGGGCAAUGCAAGAACAAUUUCUCGUACAAAAGAUGCAUCCUGCCCUUGAUUUGGAUGCCCUUGUUGCAUCCCAUCCCAUAUCCACUCCAGUAUCUGAUCCAGCACAAAUUGAAUCUAUUUUUGAUACAAUAUCAUAUAACAAGGGUGCUUCAAUAAUUAGCAUGCUUGAAUCAUUUCUUGGCCGUGAUUUACUGAAGGAAGGCCUGAGGCUGUAUCUUGAAGCUCAUGAAUUCGGCAGUGCUGAAACAGAUGACUUGUGGGAUGCCCUCACGAAGGUUACAAAGAAGCAGGGGCAUUUCUUGGAUAUUAAAGGUAUCAUGGAUACUUGGACCUUGCAAGCUGGAUUCCCUCUAAUAAGUGUUACAUUGCAAGACGGUCAUGUAACGGCAAGCCAGUCGAGGUUUUUGGUAUGUGAAGAGAAUGUAACAGAUCCAAAUGAACCCCUGAAUAUAACUAUGGGUUACAAAUGGCAUGUCCCUCUUACCUAUAUAACAAGCUCUGCUCCAGAUAAAUCCGAAAUAUAUUGGAUGAAUCUAACUGACAUUGAAUUCUUAGUGCCCAGAGAGGUCGAUUGGAUCAAAUUUAAUGUUGGUCAGAGAGGUUUCUACAGGGUAACUUAUGAUGAUGCAGGGUGGAAUGCUCUUAUCAAUGUUCUUCUGACUGAUCACGAAGUACUCUUGCCGGCUGAUAGAGCAUCUCUGAUAGAUGAUGCAUUUACACUCGUCAAGGGCCGUCUUUAUGACAGUCCAACCCUCGUGCAGGCUGGGACAAUUAAUGCAACCGUGGCGCUGAAGCUGAGCUUAUAUCUGCCCAACGAAACUCGCUAUAUACCCUGGCACACAGCGUUGCGUCAUCUCUUUUCGUGGGUGGAGCUCCUUUUCAACUAUCCGGCCCAUAAGAAUAUGCUCGAAUUCAUCUCAACAUUAAUUAAUCCACAUUAUGAAAGGAUAGGAUGGAAUGAUACCGGUACUCAUUUAGAAAGAUUACUGCGAUCUGAAGUAUUAAUGGCAGCUGUUGAUUGCGGAAAUGUGAACGCUAUACAAGAAGCACAGAGACAGUUCUCAGCUUGGCGUGCUAAGAAUGAAUCUGUCCCACCCAACAUACGUUCAGUUGUUUAUAAGACUGGUGUUAGGUAUGGUACAGAAGAAGACUGGAGGCAUUGUUGGCAUGUAUAUAAUUCAUCAAGUAUCCCCAGUGAAAAACGGUUAAUGUUACAAGCAAUGGCUCAAACAAGAGAUCCGUGGCUUAUGCAACAGUACCUAGAAUACACCUUGGAUAGUUCAAAAAUUAGACCACAAGAUGUAAUGAUAGUUUUGAAGGAGGUCAGUAAAAAUCCAGGUGGAAGGGUGUCUGCAUGGAGAAUGGUUCGCCAACAUUGGCCACAGAUAUCUCAGUUGUUUGGCCAUGGGUCCUUCACUAUUGGUGCCAUUAUCAAAUCAGUUACAUCUCCCUUCACAUCCUCGUUUGACUUAGGAGAGGUUGAAUCAUUUUUUGAAGGUGUUGAUAUUGGCCCUGGAGAGCGAGCCUUGGCUCAAGCUCUUGAAACCAUUCGUCUCCAUAUUCAGUGGCACCAGCACAAUCUAGAUGAUGUAACACAGUGGCUUGACACGUAUCUUUCGAAAGACUCUUCAGAAGAUGAUGAAUCAUAAUGUAUGUAAUAUAUCAUUAUGUUUAGGUGAGACGGUAAACUGUACAACUCUAUAUAGCUUUCCUAAAUAUAUUUACUAUAUAGAAUGAAAUUUUAGAUGUACAUUUGUUUGUGGAAUCUAGUUUUUAAUUAAUAUUUUUAAACAUUGUAUUGUAACUUUUGAAAUUACAAUCAAAUAUAAAAGAUGAAUGGUGGUACUUGGCCAAUUUUAUGCGUGCACUAGAUAUAUAUUAGAUGGUUAUUCAUGCAAAUGUAGAUUGAAUAAGAUGCAGGUAAGAACUCAUCCAGCCAUGCAGAUAGCUACUGAAGUGAAAAGAGAAACAACUGCCUAAAGUUUUUAUUAGAAAAUAUGGAUAGAGUUUUAUUGUACAGGCAGUGUUAAGAUAUGAUGUGCUGAGCUACUGAACUGAUUAUAUUUGCAAACUGAGUUUAUGAACUCUGCAUUGCUCCCUUUGUUCUACUGUACAAAAUUUAUUGGUUAGUUUUAUAAAGCAUUGCAUGAAUCACUUUGAUCUUUACAGUUUUAUACUGUAUUGCAUGAAUCACUGAUAUUUUUACAGUUUUUUACUGUACUGCAUGAAUAAAUUUCAUCUUUAUAGUGUAGCUAGAAUAUUUCUACACUCAAAAUUAGCCUCAUUUAUUGCAUAAUGUAGUUCUGUGACAAGCUAUGGUAUAGUGUGUGGUGUUCCUAUUAUUCUGACUGGUUUCUUUUUUAUCUAUAAAAAUAUUCUUUUUAUUUUGAACUGCAUCCAUUUCUGAAGUGCCAAGUGCAUAUAAUUUCCAAUGUUCCUUUUUCUUUUGCUACUGAAAACAAUAUUGUAAUUAUGUAGUACUUCCCUUUUUUGCCACUGCACUCCACUUAGUUAAGACUCAUUUAACACUAACAUUUCAGUUCACUCAAGUUGUUUUGUUCAGGUUAAUAAAUUACAUUAAUUGCAUGCUGGAUUGUAGAUGCUAUGUGCACACUAAAUAUUAAAAGUCUGUCACUGUUUCAUAGGUUAUUCCAUGCAAAUUUAAUUCAUUUAGAUUCAACAAACAGGCAGGGUUAUAUGUAUUUUUUUCACAGGUUUAGGUUUAAUUAGUGAAUUUGAAACAUCUAAGUUUAGUUAGUGAAUUAAUUUUUUUUUUUUUCAACAUUAUUGGCUUCGGUGUGCCCUAGACAGCAAAAUUACCUCAUAAUACCUGGUUUAUGAGAAGGAGUUUAGUUAUGACCAUUUUAAGUUUUAAAACUUCAUUGUGAUUUUUCAUUGUUGUUUAAUUGCUCAUGUGUACUUACUACUCUGUCAGGUGAGCCCAUCACAUAUUGUUCAUGAGUGACUUGGUCUGGUUAAGCUUUUCAGUGUAAAUUGCAUAUUUAUUUGAUGUACAUUUCUUCUAAUCAGCUAUUUUUUUCUGUUGUGAUUAUUGCUUGCUUUUGAAUUUUAUUUGGAUUAUAUUUUUAAACUGCUUUGCUUGACUUGACUGUUUUUUGAAAGAAUGCUGAAAAGGCAGUUAGUGGUGACAAGCAGAUCUGAACCAAUUUCAUCUGCACUACUUUUUCAGAUUGCCUUUGGCCGUUAGUACAUUACUUUACUGGUUUUAAAUUUCUCUUAUUCACUUUCAUUUUUGUUAUAUUCAGUGCUAGUGCUGUUGCCACAUUAUUUUAAUUUUCCUUUGCUGAUUGUAUACCCAUUUAUUGCUUAUGCUAUUACUGUGUGAUUGAUUCAUAAUUGUGUUGACAGUGCAUGAUUCCAGACUUCCUACUAUGUCAUUGAUGCAGGAGAGAAAUGUUGAGACUAGCAUAGGCAUUAAGCAAAGUUCAUUGCACUUGGCACAAAGGAGGAUAGGAACCAAGAUCCAGCACCCAUCUAAGGAAGUAAGUGCACAAAUUGUUUUAGUUUAUAAUGGUGCGACUGAGGACACACCAUCAGUAGGUUUAGUAGAAAAGGGUGAUCAGAGGUUAUGCCUUUACAGAGGAACCACAUGAAAUGGAGAAUCAUAGUUAGUGCCAGGCACUAGUUCUUUCUAGCUCUCAAAGGGAUUAAACAUAAAAAAGUAUACAACACGUAAGGAUAGAUGAGUGUCUUGCAUGAGCAGUGAUGUUGGUAAGUAUAUUAGAUUGUCAGUAAUGAUGUAGAAAAAAAUGUUAGAUUGUCAGUAGCUAUACAUUGACUGUAAAAGUCAGGCUAUUAGCAGCAACAGCCAGCUGAUUUAUUUCCUUGUCAGUUUGUUUUCAUAAUAUUAGAAAUUCUAAUAUAGUUAUUGAGUGUGGAUUUUGUCUUCAUGUAUGUAUUAUAUGUGGUAUGCCAGUCUUCAUGAAUCUUACGCUGAAUUAUUGCAGAGACCAGGAUCUAGCUAAUGAAGUGUGAUGCAUUCAUUAUGCUAUCCAUUUUGCAAUUACCAGAAUUAAAUCCCAUUAUGCUGAAGAUUGAAAGCUUUCAUGAGCUUUUCAUCUUCAAGGGAGCACUCUUCCAGACUACAAGUUGGUUUGUUGCUGCUUCAAUUUAUCAAUAUGCACUGUUGAAUCAUAAAUACAACGGCAGUUUGAGCACACAAAAAGUUGAAGGAUCAUUAAUUCAUCAAGGGCAGUAUGGACAUAGCUGGCAGUCAUUUUUUAUCUAUCUCUUGUAGUGUUUAUCAUGAUUUUCUUUUGUUUUUAAGCAUCCCUCUUCUUUCCUUUGUCAUUGAUUUUGAAAAAAUAUCAGAAAUGGGGAAGUCAUCUCAGUUGAUUGAAGUUUCACCCAGCUAAUUACUCAUGGCAAUAUCCAGAAAUUGUCUCCAAAUUGGUUUCCUCAGUUGUGAUGGCCUGGCAAUAGGUAAAACCAACAGUGUAAGGCUUAAACCUGGGCUGAGUAGAAUUUAGGUUCAUGUAUCAUUCAGUGCUUGAAUAUUUUUUUAUUUUUGUUUUUGUUAGGUAGCUCAGAGGUUUAGAGGAGGUUCAUGUUAGUACAAUAUUGAUACUUAUUUAUUUUCUUUUUAACAUUUGGUUUUCGUUACAAUUUCCUCAAAAUUAAAUAAUGACAGACAUUUAAAGAAACAAAGUUAACCAUUAGCUACUGAAGAUUUUAAUAAGAUUUAAUCUUGACAUUAUUUAUGUAAAAUGUAGGUAAUGUGUUAUCUCUUGCCUUUUUCUAGUGAUAUUAGCAUUUUAAGAUUUUCAUUUUUGUGCAGAUAGGUUGUAGCAUAGGCAGAAUUUUCUGGAUAUGAGAAUUCUUUAUGGUAAUUAUUUAUUUAGGUAUACCCAAUCUCUUUAUGACCAAUAAAUGCAUGAUGCAUCCAUAAUUGUAACUAAGGUAUUCCAAGAUAUAGUUGUGAUCAGCUUGUAUGAUCUGUGGCAUGACCCAGUGAGAGGUGACAGUUUCUUAGCACUUCGAAAUUCUUGAGAGGGAAUGAAGUUUCUUAUUUGUAGUCUUCUUGUGAAGUCUCUGGUUUUGUUUGUUAGUCAUUAUUUUUCUCUUAGCAUUUUUAAACAAUUUUUUAAACUGGAAUUUUUGACAUUCAUCUUUUAACAUUUUUAUAUGUAAAUAUGUAAUUUAUUUAACAUAAGAUGUGAUUCGAAAUAAUCUUUGAAGCAUAUUCAAAAUAUGUUCCAAAUUUUCUUCUUGGGAACAAAACAUACUGUAUUAUAAGAAUGAUCAUGUUUAGUUAGCGGAUCAAAAAACUUCACCCUCAAUUUCCUCAUCACUGGCCGAUUAUUUCAUUAUGAAUUGUUGCUUGCCUAGUCAGUUUUUGAAAGCAGCAAGAAUGUUAUCUAAUAAGAAUAUCAGAAAUUGCCUGGUUCAGUCAUCUUUGUGAACAUUUUUGAUACCUUUUAUUUAAAAGAAACAUUUUCUUAGUAAAAACCCAUUAGUUUUAGGUAACUUAUUCAUGCUUCUCUACAAAUGCUUCGGCAUUUCAAAUGCUGUAGACAAGGAAGGAUCUCCAAUUCCUUGUAGGUUAGCGGAUCCUCUUACAGCUUACCACACCACCCAAAGGAAGGUAGUUUCCUUAAUUUUUGUGUUUUUGAGUGCAUAAAAUAAAAGAGGGUCAAGAACUUGGAUAUAAAGAUAAAAAUUAUGGAUUUGCAUCAAAAAUUAAUUUUUUAUUUUAAAAUUAUAUUUUCUCUAUAACAAACUCAUCAACCUGAAUAGCAACUUAAGAGCUGAACUAUUGGAGAGGUCAGUUUGAUAGAGAAAAAGCUGUUUAAAAACACAAAUUAUCAUAUCUAGAAUUUCACCACAAAUCUUAUCUUUUUGAAAAUCUUAGCACUGAGUUGAGUGAAUGUGGCAAUUAGAAGUCUGGAGAUUAUUGGGAAAUGUUAAAGAGCCAACACAUACACAAGAAGAGAUGGUUACUUACUGGUUGAUCUGGAGAAUUGUAUGUGCAAGUGCAAACCUACAAAGAGUGGAAGAUUUUUUUCUUUAAUCUCAACUUUAGUGUCUAAAAAUUUGUGCAGAUGAGCAAAUAGUCUGUGUAAAACUAAUGGGUAUGUGAUGAAACCUAAAAUAUUCUUGAUUUCAAGUCAUUGGAGGAAGGUAUUUUAUGUUUUUACUUGGAUAGUUUCAUGCAGUAGGUUGCCCUAUUACCUACAGCACCAUUGACCUUUCCAGUUGUGAUGCCAGGUUAUUUUUUAAAUCGGUCAAACCUAUUGUGUUUACACCCUUAAUGUCAGGACAUGUAAGUUCUCGAAAAUCAUUUUAGCAGUUCAUGAAAUGUCUGAUUGCAGAUCCUCUACCAAACUCUUGGUGCACCUCAAGAAUUGUUAUUUUCACAGUUGACCCUGUAGAAAUAAUUUGUACAUAACUUUUAUGUAAUUGUCCUAUCACUCAAAAAUGACUAGAAGUUCAAGCUAGAUUAGCCAUUUCUAGUAUACGUACUGCUGAAAGCAGGUUUACUUGUAUGCUUCCUUGGAAUACCUUUUUUUGAUAACUUUUGCUAUAUGCAUUUGGUAAACUGAUUACAUUUAAUAGAUCAAUUAUUUAUCAAUAUGUUUGUGAUACUGUUGUAUCUUGACAAUUGUUCCUUUAGAAAGGGGUAAGAAGAAAUAAUGGAAAAGGUACCAUUUUCACGUACAAAACCCAUGAAGUAUAUGGUGGUUACUGUACGUUCACAGUGUCUGCACGUGAUGGUUGUGAGCCCUUACCUAAUAGAGAAAAAAAAUAAUGUAUUUAUUUGAUAUUAUAGAUGCAGUAUAUACAUUAUACAGUAUAUAGGUAUAUAUAUAUAUUUAUAUUUUUUAAAUUGUAGUUUUUAAUCUUGAAGUUGAUGUGCAAGUAUUCUUUCACUACUGUGAAGAGAGCUCUGCCUGACACAACUAGUGUACAAAAUGACUACAUCAGGGUGCUUUCUACACACAAACAUAAAUACACUUGUAUCUUGUGCUGGUUGAGUAUUGUUCCUGUGACUUGUCUUUCAAAGAUAUGUCCCAACCAGGCAAUAUCAAGCCAGUAAAAUGUUGAAAAUUAGAUGCUUGUUUUCAUGGAGAAAAAGAUUGUCAAGAUUGUUUAGAGCUGCAGAGCAUUUUAGGAUGAAAAAUAACUUGUAAGAUAUCGGUGGAAUUCUUACACAACACCAUUGACAUUAACCUCAUAGACCAUCUGAUUCUAGAAGUUUAAAAAUAAUUCAUGACAAAUAUUGUAUAAAGUGGUUGGUGAAACUUAAUUGAACUGACAGACUACUACUGCAUAAUCUUAUUGAGAAAAAGGUACUUUCCUUUCUGUAAAAAUUCUCUGAUAAAGAUUGAAGUUAAACUGAAUGGAUGAAUAUUAAAGUGGCCUGAAAUAAUUGCACAAAGCUAAUAGAUAUCUCUGUAAAGUUUAAGGGAUGAGUAGACUUAAUUAAAAUGUGAUCUAAUUUCAGUUAUAUCAUUCAGGAGGAAUGGGCCUUUUUGUAGGUAUUAUAGGAUUGCCUGUAGAACUGGGGUUGCUAAGAAUUAGGGAGUCAAUGAUUCAGGCAUAUUUUAUGAGUAGUUGAAGAGUUGUCAUAUGUAUUUUUUACUACUAUACUGUGUGGAUGUAAAUAUGACACUGGAGUUUUUCCAAAGAUAAUUAAGUUAGACAAAACAUUAGUGUUGUCAGUUUUUUGCUUUUAAAUUUAGAUUAGGCAUUCCUACCAGGCUUUCCUUUCUAACUGUUUGCAUGGAGAGGAACAUUUGCAGGUAUACGGUAUAUCAAUUUUUAGCUAUAUGACACAUAACAGUGUUAUGGUGCAUAACAAUUUUAGAAACCUUAUCUAAUGACUUGGAAAUUGCAAACAUAGGUCAUGCAUAUAGCCUGAGAAAAAAUAUAUAAACUAGAAUCCUGUCAUGUUUUCAAUUAAAGUAAUUAGGCUGAAGGUAGAAGGUCAGAUGUAGAACAUGUCAUAGUGUAUCCACUAAAACAAGAGAAAACAGGACAUUUUCUCUUGGCAAGUGUUUGUUGAACAUUCCUAAAUCUGUACCUAAUCAGAGGAAUUACGAGUAUGAAAUGUUAAUAAAAUAGAAGGUUGCAAACUGUGCUUAAUCAUCUUAGCAAGAGAUGGUAAAUUUAAUAGUACUAUGUGAUUAGAAAUAAUAAUAGCAUGCACAGUAAUCCACACGUCUUCUGUUUCUUAUCUAUAAGACCUUGAUUUUACAAUUAACAUGAAGUUUGAUCAGAAAGUUGACAGCAUCUGUUGAUUUGAAACCAGUAUUUGGUAACUUUCUUUCCAUAUAUUUUACUGAUGAGAAGAAUUGAGACCAAGAGUUAUAAAAAGACUUCUGGUUAAUAGUUGUAAGGUUAUUAAGUUUAAUAUUUUCAGAGAUAGUUACGUACUAUUUGAUAACACUGAAUAGAAAUGUGGGAUUACGUAGAAGGUAUAUGACCGCAUACAUUUGAUAAUUAUACCUCUGCAUUUCACUUUAUGUAAACAGAGUUUACAGGUUUUUAAACCGUGUAGAGUAAAGAAGACUUGUUUGUUGUUAUAAGUUUUCUUCCUACGUUGUCAUCCUUUCCAAGUAACAAUACACAAACUGGAUAAAUAAUAAAGGUAAAAGUAACAGCAAAGAUAAAUAAAUGUUGCCACACUUCAGUUAAAAGGACUUAAUUUCCUUGGUACUGUGGUGUUUGAUUUGGAAAUUGAUGAGUAAAAUUAUUCCUUCUUGCAUUCAAAGUGGCUACCAUCUGUUAAAUUACCAUACAGCUUUGAGGACCUUUUAUCAAGAACUUAGUCUUAGAGGUACAUUAAUGGUUUUGACAGCCUAUUACAGCAUAUAAGAUAAGUGUAUGUUUCCUAAUAUACGUAUAUGUACAGGUCAGCCUCAUAAGAGGUUAGGGUUGAUUUACUUCACAGUUUGGUUUAAAUAUUCUAAGCAGUGAUAAUAUAUAAAAAAAAAGCAAACUGAUAGUGUGGAAAAUACAACAAAAGUUGACAUUGACAGGUAUGGAAUGAGUGAAGCUUUCUGCCAUCAUUUUUUUGGCAAUUGUAAAUAUGGGAUGUGUCAAAAAGGAUAUGUAAAUUUACUACAAUCUUUUUUAGUGGAAGAAUUGGUUAUUAGUUGUUUAAUAUUGGUAGUACGUAUCAUAAACUUUCAGAGGCAAUUUUUAAGUACUAGUAUGUGAACAGGUAUCUAAAGACAAUACAUAGCUUUUAUAGAAAUGUUUAUACAAAUUUGUGUUGUAUAGUACUUUGGCUAACAGACCAAUCCUGUUCAUCACAUUUUACACUUUGAAGAUCUGAAAAAUAAGAUGAACUAAAGAGUACUAUUUGUAAAUGCUAUCUGUAAUUUUACAGAACUAUAAAAGCAAUUAUUAACAAUGCAUAAAUAAGAACCGAAUAAACACUGUAAUUGGAAAUGCUAUGCAUCUGUUUUGUGCAUUAUGUCCAGAAUUCUUAUAAUUUUUUCAAGUGAUAUACUAAUAUUUGCACCAUUAAUAAAUUUUUGAGAAUCUAUAUUUGCUUUAGAUCAAUCUUAAAGAACAAGUCCCUGCUUAUGGCAAUGCUGUGACUACAGAACAUUGAAAUAAUCAGUGCUUAAAUGCGGACGAAACAGAUGCUGUCAGAUUUACACUUUGCAAUAUACAGUAUUAGUGUUUAAUUCCAUGGGAUGGAGGUAUCUCACACCUUGGCACUGAAGUUUUUCUUGUAAUUGGGAGAUGAUCACAUUACUGUAUUGAGACUGACAUAUCCAAAAGCUGCUAAAAUGCUUUCAGGUUAUUUUUUUGCUCUUUGUAUAGCCAAAGUGCAUUAUGAAGAUCUGUGUGUUUUUUGUGUAAAUAAAAGAUUUUCGUAAA